AGCGUUACCACCACAGCUUCUCCAUUAACAUGAAAACGAGGUUGUGGUUGCAAGAAAUCUAGACCUCUCCUUAUUACAACUCCCCCCCUACUCUUUUACUCACGUUUCCCAAUCUCACACCACUCCGUCUUGGCAUUGUUGUACCUCAAGUGGUGCUCAAGGCUCUUGAAUCGAAUUUUAUCAGCAUGGUGGUUUACUCAACUAGGAAUGAGGUUAUAAGGCCCCUUAAGUCUCGACGCGGAUGCAAAACCUGCAAAAUCCGAAGAGUCAAAUGUGGGGAGGAAAGGCCAAAUUGCCAGAGAUGUACCAGCACAGGACGUAAAUGCGAAUAUGAUAGCAGCUUCGCUAUUGGUACUUUUGCCUCGGCACCUCCUACUAUCUCCAUCUUGAAGCAAGCUAUAUCGUCAUUACCAAACACAGUGUGGCGGGAACGUCGCGCUUUUGCAUAUUACUUUCAGCACGCCGCGCGAUACCUUGCCGGUGGAUUUGAUGUUGAAUUCUGGGCCGAUCUAAUUCCACAGGUUUGUCGCACUGAACCUGCAGUGUGGGAUGCCAUCAACGCUAUCAGCAUUUUGUUUGAAAGCCCGGAACAAUGCUCAGAUCCAGUAUUUCUGAGACGGCAGAAUGAAUCCUUUCAUGCACCUAGUCAGAAUCAGAAGGACGCUUUAACCUGGUACUCGCGUUCGCUAUCCAACAUUCGUUUGCAGAUUGAUCGUGGCAGCGCAGACCCCUAUGUCGCACUGAUCACCUGUGUGCUCUAUAUGUGUAUAGAAACCCUUCAAGGACGUGUGGAGGAGGCAUUGCAACUCUAUGGACAGGGUGUGAACCUAAUUAAUAGUCUACGCUCUCAAAUUAGCUGCACCUUGGUUCCUGCCAGCAAAGUUGCCCUCCUGGAGAACACCAUCAUUCCCUUCUUCGUCCGCCUGGGAACUGUCGCUCUCUCCAUUUCCGGAGUCCCUGCGAACGUCCUUUACGAUCCUAUAGAAGGUAGCCAAGAGUAUAAGUUUACUUCUCUUCACUCUGCCCGGGCUGCCAUGGCCGCGCUCGCCGCAGAGGGCAUGCUCUUUCAACGUGCAGCCCAGCAACAUUUCUUAACUGUUGGCGAUGGCUCUCGCGUAGGCCCGUCGUUAGCUGGAAAACAGAGGAUGCUUCAAAUCCAACUAGCACACUGGCGGCAUGCAUAUGAUACCUUCAUACAGGACUUUCGCCGGAAAAACCUUAGCUUUCCUCGGUCCGACACAAGCACUACCGCCACGCUCCUCGUCUAUCACGCAGCUAUAUCUAUCAUUGUGUCUACGUGCUUGACGCAGGGCGAGUGUAUCUUUGAUGCUCACUUAUCAAGCUUCGAGACCAUUGUCAAUAAUUCCGCUCUCAUUCUGGAUGCCUCAACGGGACCAGACGGCAUGCAGCCACCCUUUACGUUUGAAAUGGGUGUUGGCCUCCCCCUUUUUCUAACAGCCCUGAAAUGUCGCGACAGGCAAUUGAGACACAAGGCAUUGAACCUACUACAAAAAGCACCUCCUGUGCAAGGGCUGUACAAAUGCGCUCCAGGUGUAAUGAUAGCAAGAAAGGCCCUGCAGCUUGAAGAAGAUUUUAGUCUUCUUUUAAAGAAAGAUAUUGAAUACAAUGCCUACUGUCUGAAUACUGGUUCAACAGGUACUACAAAUACGGAAAUUGUUACUACUCAAGAUUUUAGCGACAGUUCGGACAACACUCAAGUCCACGGUAGUGCUACAGAAUUGCCAGCCUCUAAGCACAACCGUCGUGCAGAGCUUCUCCGUGAAUGUUACACGCAUGAGGAUACUAACCAAAUACCAGAUCUAAUCCCCGAAAAGGCCCGCAUAGAAUUUGUUGGCAUUUUUCGACCGGAAAACGGUCUUCCGCCAACAGUGAGCGAACAUGAUGUUGCCCAAUGGAAACGGGGCAAAGAUCAAACUUUCUUUGUAUAUAGGCGGCACCAGCGUGACCAUACCAAUGAUAUAUGGAGACUGAUUGAAGAAUUUAUGCCGAUUGAUAGCUGAUGGAGCUACUCCCUUCAGUUGAUCAUCCCUACAGCGAGCUGGAUUCAAUUUGACAAAGGAAGCGAGUCCUUCAGAAAGAGGUCAACAACGUGAACGCGGAGACUAUCGAUAUCUCUUGAAGGUAUAAUCUGUCCUAUACUCGUGGACGCAGAUCCUCAAUCAUAUAAGUCGUCGGAGAAAGGGGAGUUACCAUGUGCGCAGUGUUUGCAUGAUACUGCAUCUAUUGUUACACUCAGUCCAGUACACCGCGCGACUUGCGUAUAGUAUUUACACCUCUGCAAGACCAAUCAGUGAUCAGCCAGGCCAACUCCGGUCAUCAAUGGUGGGUCAACCUUGGUCUGUUUGCAUGAACAGCCAUUGUUGACCAGGACAUACGAACAAGCUACGCUACUUGCAAUCGUUACAUAAAUCUGGGAAUUUGUGAUACACUGGAGCAGGACUAACACGCUGUUAUUGAAU